UGCGGCCUUCCGACGACGCGCCUACAGCACGUCGCAGCGUAUACAAGCUCGGACCGUCAUCCGCUAGUGUGUGUGUGCGUGUGUGUGUCACAUUUUCAUAAGUUGUUUCUUUUUAUCGAAUUCGAUCAUCUUCGGCUCUUGCUCCGUUGCGAGUGUCGUACGGAUCGAAUCCAGCGCAGAGUGAUUUCGUGGUGCCAAUGCGUGUAACGCGGCGAGGGUCUUGGGAGCGAAACGUCUUCUCCCAUUCGUCGGAUUGAUUUUUACUGUCUCUCACGGUGAGGAAUUAACAAUAUCAAAAUGAGUAAGAAGAAGAAUAUGGCCAUUUCGUUUGACAAUCAAGACAUCAACACGAUCAUGCUGACGAGGAAAUAUUUGAAGAAAAAAAUCCUGUAUCCAGAAACUAAAUUCAGACACCACGUACAAGAGAGAGCUCAUGUAUUGGAUUGCGUCAAACGAACCGUUGAGAAUGGAGAGAGUAAUUCGUUGUUAUUGCUUGGUCCAAGAGGCAGCGGCAAGACAACUCUUAUCAAUAGUGUGCUAACAGAAUUAUCAAGCACAAAAAAUUUUCAAGACAAUGCUCUGAUAGUCAAUCUGCAUGGAUUAGUUCAUACGGAUGACAGAUUAGCUUUGAAAGAUGCUACGAGGCAAAUGCAAUUGGAGCAUGCAUCUGAAGGCAAAGUUUUUAAUACAUUUGCUGAAAAUUUAUCAUUUUUAUUAGAAUGUUUGAAGUCAGGUGACAAAAAACAUUCAAAACCUAUUAUAUUCAUCUUGGAUGAAUUUGAUUUGUUUUGUUUCCAUCACAAUCAGACUCUUUUGUAUAAUUUAUUUGAUGUUGCUCAAUCAGCUCAGGCCCCAAUUUGCGUUAUAGGAAUAACCAGUCAACUAGAUGUAAUUCAAUUAUUAGAAAAAAGAGUAAAAUCAAGAUUUUCUCACAGACAAAUCUUUCUUUAUCCUGGAGAUACAUCAGAAUCUGAGACACCAAUUUCAGCUUUUGAGGAUCGCUUAGAACUUUUUAAGGAGUUAUUAACUUUGCCAGAGGAUGAGAAUGUAAAUGAAAUGGAGCAAGCUAAUAAAGACUGUAAUAUAGAUCCAAAAUUUAGAGCAAUUUGGAAUAAGCAAAUUCUCAAUUUAGCUGACAAUCCUACAGUUCAGAAUGUCCUCAAAAUGAUGCACAAACAUGAUAGAAUAGAAAGAAAAUUUAGAAAUUUUUUAGCAGUUGUUAUAUCAUCUCUUGGUAAUAACCAUAAAGAGUUGGAAGUUGAUGAUUUUGUUAAAGCAAGUAAAAUGUUUAGUCCAAACACCAAGGUCUUGAUGCUUGAAGGCUUAUCUGUAUUGGAAAUGUGCCUGAUUAUUGCCAUGAAGCAUGAAACAGAAAUUUAUGAUGGAGAGCCAUUAAAUUUUGAAAAAGUUUUAAGCCGUUAUUUGAAAUUUGCCGGUCAGACCUCAAACAUUGAAUCCGUCCAAAGACCUGUAAUUAUGAAAGCAUUUGAACACAUAAAGAAUUUAGAGUUGAUAAUACCAACAGGCCAGCAUUUACGAAUUGAAAAAGAGUAUCAAACCUACAAUUUUGCAUUAAAAUCAAAUGAAGUUAUGGAAGCUGUAAGAAACUAUCAAGGUCUACCAACCGAUGUUGCUCAAUGGGCAGAUAGUUCUGUAAUGUAAAAUAGAAAAAAAACUUGAUUUGUAUAAAAAAUUUUAGUGGCAUUUGGCUGCUAAAAGUAUGUGUAUCUUAGUAGUUCAAAGGCAGUGCAUUUGAAAUUAUUUUUAAUGGAGAGUGUAUAUGCAUGUUUUAGCUAUCUAUAAAAUUGCCCAGAUACACUUGUCUAGCCAUCAAAAGACUAUAGAAAGUGACAGGAAGUUUUUACUAGUGUCAUAAAUAUUUAAUCAUUCAGUAUUGCAUGAAAAAAGUGUGUGCCCAAUAGUGAAAAAAUGUGAACUUGACCUGAUACAGGAUGAAUGAUUUAUUAAUAUCUUGAUUUUUAUGUAACUGAAAUUGAUUUUAGCUUCAAGCAAACAUUUUUCAGUAAAUCAUUUUUCAUUUGAAUUAAUGGUAACUAUUUAAUUAAGUUGAUGUUUUUAUUUUUCAUCAUUGAUAAUUA